UUUCAAAUGUCAGAUAGCUCAUCUAAUGAAGACUAUCGAAAGUUAAAUAGAAAGGCAAAGAAAUCAUAGGUUCGUACAAAUGUAUAAGAUCCAGAAUCCACACGAUUUGCAUAAGAUUUCGCAUAAAGAUUGCUGAAAGAGAGAGGAUGUACAUAUGUGUAUGCUAAGGAAAGUUGACAUUACAGAAGAAGAGAUGGGAUUCAAGAAACAAGCAACUAAACAAGUGAAGGCUACUACAUAUGUGCAUAGUAUAGAUUAGGCAACAUUUAAGGAAUUACAAAAAGAAUUUAAUAAAUGUGAGAAUAUUGGUUAGAUUUGUACAAUCUUAAAAGCAUUGAGUAAUCAUAAAGAGGCAACACCCUAGCAAUAACUAUAAUAUAAGAUAUAGAGAAGUGAUUUCUUAAUAAAGAAUAGGAUGUAUGAGGAAACAAAGACAGAAUGUUUUGAAUUAUUGUAGUAAGAAUUGGGUGUAUUAGAAAAAGUGAAAGUGUUAUUAUCAUUAUGUAAGGCAUAAUUAGAGACUAAUGAAAUAUAUAAUGGAUGUAUGUAAGCAUUGAGAUUAAAAAGCUAUGCAGAAACAGUUAAAUUAAUGCCAGCAUUUAAUUUGGGGAUUUAUGAUCUCACUCCAGAAUAAAUAUAUAAAUAGAUAGAUGAUAUCUAUUAAAAUACUAUAUUUAAGAUUUAGAGAGAUAAUAAAAAGGUAGUAUCUCUUCUUGGAGUUUAAGGAAAUAGUGCUACAGGUUGUUUAGGUUAAGGAGAUUUAAAUUAAUGUAGUGAAUUAACUUAAUAUUAAAUAUUUAAAAAUAGAAAAAUACUAUCAAUAGGAUGUGGAGAACAUCAUGUUAUCAUUUUGAUUAGUGGAUGUUCAUGUAUUAAUCCUCAUUAUGUAAAUUAAUGUAAAGGUGAUAAAUGUAAUAAUGGAAAUGAAGUAUUUGGAUGGGGAGAGAAUUUCUUAGGUUAAGUGACCAUGAAUGAAUAAGAUGGUAAUUUUGUAAAUGUUCCAUAUAAUAUUAGUUAAUUGAGUAAUAAAAACAUUAUUGGAGUAUAAGCUUAUAAAUGCACAUCAUUAGCAUGGGAUUCAGAAGGUCAUAUUUAUUAGUGGGGAGCUAAACAUAUACUUAAAAUAGAUUCUAUGACUGAUAUUUAAUAAAUAGUAUUGGGAUUCAAAUUUGGAGCAAUACUAGCUAAAAAAUCAUUAUUCAUCAUUGGUGAAUUAGAUGAAAAUAUUAAAUAUUCUAAAUUAACUAAAUUAGCUGAUAAUAUAGAUUAAAUUGCGUGUGGAGAUAAUCAUUUAAUUUCAUUGAAUUCUGAAGGAGAGGUUUGGGGAAUUGGAUAAAAUAAUUUUCAUCAAUUAGGAGUGAAUAAUCAUUUAUAAUAUUCAUAAAUUUAAGAAGAAGAAUGUUUUUAUAUUAAUGCAAAUUAAAAUUCAAGUGUUUUUGUUACUUCAGAUGGAGAAGUCUUAUAUUGUGGUUAAGUAAGCAGAGAAAAGGUCAUUGAUUAUCCUAAAACAUUAUAAAUUGAUGAAGAUGUACAAAUCAUUUAAGCUUGUAUCUAUGAUGGUGUAAUCUAUGCUUUAAAUUUAUAAGGAAAAAUAUUUAAAUGGGAUAUUGAUAAAGAACCUAAAUCUAAAUUAUUCUUUUCUGCUCCUGUAAGAUAACUUUAUCUUUGUAGAGGAAUCAGAUUAUGUGAAACUACAACAUUAUAAGGUGAAUGGUGUAGAUUAGAAUUAGAAGAUUAAGAUUAAGAAUAGUUUGAAACCUUUACAGAUAUAAAUCUUAUUAUUAAUCUAGGAGAUAAAUAUGGUCCUUAUGGAAUCAAAUAAACUCAUCCUAUUAGAUAUAAUAUUUUAGUAUCUGAGGAUUCUGAAUACACUCCUGAAUAAUUAUUACAUAAAUGUUAAGUUGUCUCAAUGAGUAAAAUUCAAUCUUAAUAAGAAAAUAAAAUUUAUCUUAAUUUUAUGAAUGAUGGAUACAAAGCUGAAAUUAAACAAAUUGAAGAACCUUCUAAACAUAAACUAGUUUUAUAAGUUAAUAAACCAGGAACUUAUUUAAUUUACUUAUAUCUUAAUGAAUAAUUACUAAUUGAUUGUCCUUUAAAUCUCAAUCUAAUUGCUGGAAGUAGAUAGGAUGAAUUAAUAUAGGCAGAAGAAUUAAAAAAAUAAUAGCAAUAGGCAGAAUUAUAAAGAAAAUAAGCGUUACUGUUAAAAAAACAAUAGGAAGAAGAAGAGAGAUAAAGAUUACUCAAUGAAUAAUAAUAAGAACUAUUAUUAAAAUAAUAGGAAACAAGUAAUCUUAUUUGUUUAUUCUUUAGAAAAACGAGCAGAUGAAAAAUUAUAAUAAUACUAAUUAAAAAUGUAGGAAGAAAAAAGAAUUAAAGAGGAAGAAAGAUAACAGAAAAAAGAUUUAUUAACAGGAGGAGGUUUUGAUCUAAAUAAAGUUAAAUAAUAAUAGGAAUCAAAUUAAAAUAAUAAUCCACCUAAGAAAAUUAUUAAAUAAGUUAAUACUGCUCUUACUCAAAAAGUUAGAUAGUAAAUGCAAAAUUUAUAAUAAGAAAGAUAAUAAUUAUAAUCAUUAAAUAAUUAAUAAUAAUAAGAGAAACAAUAGAAUAAACAUUAAUCUUAACCUCAAAAAUUGAAUCCUGUUAAAGCUACUCCAAAAGUACUUCAAAGUAUAUAAUCAAAUAAAACUACUGAUAAAGCUUUUUCAACUUAGGAGACUUUCAAAGAAUUUUAAUAAACAGGAUAAUUCAGAAAAACAGAUUCGCAAUUAUAAAAGAUGCAAUAAGAAUUCUUAUAAGAAUUUCAAUAGUUGAAAAGAUAGGAAACAAAUAAAUAUAAAAGAUGA